GCAUCCCCGAGGGGCGGCCCAGAGGUGACGGGGCGCAGACACCGUCCCCACCCAGGGGCCCCGGGCAGGGCAGCAGCUCGCUGGAGGGUUUCCUUCCUCCUGCCCCAGCCCGCGCCUCGCCAGCCACCCCGAGCUCGGCUGCAAGCGCCUCUCAUGUGACCGCCGGCUUCCUGUGCGCUCCCGGCUCGGUGCCGGUGCCGCGGGUCGGGACGGAACGGGACGGAACGGGACAGAACGGGCCGGGCCGUGCUCGCCGCUGCCGGACGCGGAGCGCUCGCCACCAUACGCUGAGCGCUCGCCACCGGCCCCAGCGCCAUGCUGCGCCGCAAGCCUUCCAACGCCGGGGACAAGGAGCCGGGACACAGGAAGCUCUCCCUACAGCGUUCCAGCAGCUUCAAGGACUUCAACAAAUCCAAGGUCAGCUCUCCUGUGUCAAAUGAGGAAUUCAACCUGGAGGAGAAUAUCCCCGAGGAUGAGCCCGGUCCCGAGGAGGCCGCGCGCAGCAGCGGGACCAAGCUGGGCAGGAAGUGGCGGGCGGUGAUCUCGCGCACCAUGAACCGCAAGAUGGGCAGGAUGGCGGUGAGAGCGCUGGCCGAGGGCAAGCAGGGCGAGGGGCAGGAGGAGGGGUCCCCGUGCCCGCUGUCCCCUGGCAGCAGUGUGGAGGAGCAGAGCCGUGACAAGGUGCCCCUGUCGUACCUGGAGCUGGAGGAGGAGCAGGACGGGCGCCCAGCCCUGGCACGCCAGACGUCCAGCGGCAGCGACGCUCCCAGCCCCACCGAGCCCGGGGACAGCAAGCGGCUGGAGGAGGCUGUGCCAGCCUACACCGGCCCCUUCUGCGGCCGCGCCCGCGUCCACACCGACUUCACGCCCAGCCCCUACGACAAGGACUCCCUGAAGCUGCGGAAAGGGGACAUCAUCGGCAUCAUCGAGAAGCCGCCUGUGGGCACCUGGACCGGGCUGCUCAACAACAGGGUGGGCUCCUUCAAGUUCAUCUACGUGGAUGUGAUCCCCGAGGAGACGGUCCCUGCCCGCAGGAGCCGCGGCUCCAGCAGGAACAAGCGCCUCAAGCCCAAGACCCUCCACGAGCUGCUGGAGCGCAUCAACCUGCAGGAACACAUCCCCACGCUCCUGCUGAACGGGUACCAGACCCUGGAGGACUUCAAGGAGCUGCGGGAGACGCACCUGAACGAGCUGCACAUCACGGACCCGCAGCACCGCGCCAAGCUGCUCACGGCCGCCGAGCUCCUCCUGGACUACGACACAGCCAGCGAGCCCGAGGACGGGGACAGCGCCGAGGCCCUGCCGUCGCCCUCGGAGCCCAAAGGGGACAUUCCCCGGGACUCGGGCUGCUUCGAGGGGUCCGAGGCCCUGGAUGGCAGCCGGGAGGAGGCCGAGCUGGGCGGUCCCAAGGAGCAGCUGGGGGGUCCCAGGGAGCAGCUGGGAGGUCCCAGGGAGCAGCUGGGGGCUCUCUCCACGGCAGAAUCCCCCUGAGCCCGCUGGCAGCGCCGCUCCCCGCUCUGGCCCUGACAGUGGGGCUGGGCUGGAGGGGACGGCUGCUGGCAGGGGACAGGGGAGCCCCAGUGGUGGCACCUCGGGGCCAGCUCGGCUCCUGCACCACAGCCAGGUGCUGGGUGGGCACGAGGUGCCCCGGGACAUUUUGCGUGGCACCGCGGGCGCCCUGGGCACGCCGGGGCACCGCGCUCCCUGCCAGGCACCUGGCUGCUUCUCCCAGGUUUGCCAGCAGGCUCGGGAGGGCAGCUCGGCAUGGAAGCCGUGUCUGCAGGCGGCUGAAGCCUGCCCAGGACACUGUCACUUCUCAGCACGGACCUCACCUGCCGUGGGGGGACAGCAAGAUGCAAAUAACACAGCUAAGACACCCUGCAAGUGUGAGAUGGAGAACGCAGGGAAGGGGGAAGGGGCAGCACAGACACGCAGGGGCUACAGCUCAGCCAUUUUCAAACCAAUUAAGUUUCCUUCAUUGUUUUAAAAUUAAAAAAAAUAAUAAUAAGAAAAAAAAAAUAAAGAACACCCAAUCGCCCAAUCCUCACCCAACCCCUUCCUUCCUUCUGGAGACCCCGACCCGUGCAGGCAGGUCCCGGCAGGCAGCACUCCACAACAGCUCGUGGAACGGGGAGCAGCAGAACCAAAAAAAUACACUUUUUUUGCAUCCAAUUGGAGAUUUGGUCAGUAGCGUGUUGGGGCGACUCCCACGGGGCGGGGCACAGGAGGCCUGUCCUGGGAGGAUGGAACAGGACGGGGCUGGGCUGGGCUGGCUGCAGGGCCAUGGCCGGGGCUCCUUCCCUGCCUCAUUCCAACUGGGAGCAGCUGGGGCAGCUCUGCCCUCUCAGCCGGGAGAGGAGGCAGUGCCAGUGCCCCGUUCACACCCCUCCCCUCGCCGCCAGCCACAGCCCAGGGCAAGGAGCGGGGUGGAGGCACGGGCCAGGCUCCAGAGGCAGCAGGAUCCCGGCUGCUGAGAGCAGGCUGGCACCAGAGGGCAGGGACAGAGCAGCAGGCAUUUCCCAGUGCCAGGCAGGAGCACACACGGGGCUGGGCAGGCAGGACACCCCAGCAGGGAGGAACGGGAGUGCCCAGCACCGUGGGAUGGGAUCUGCCAGGACACAGAAUGGCCUCUCCUCCUCCAGGGACCUCUGCGGGGAUCCCAGAGGUGUGAGGGUCCUGUGGAGUGGGGGGAGCCCUGCCAUGGCCCAGAGCUCUCCCACCAUCCCCCAGCCUCUCCCCCUCUGCUGAGGACACACAAGUGCCCGACAGCACACAGCCCUGGGCAGCUGGCACAACCCUGGGAAGGUCCAAGGCUCCCUAAGCCAGACUAGGACGGCUGAGCAAGGCCAGGGGUGGACACGGGGGUGCAAUGACACAACACAGAAUGGGGCUGAGGUUCUGCACAGCUGCUGUGCCACAGCUGGGGAGGGCUCAAUGUGGACACCCAGCAGCAGCCACAGCCCCAGCAGCAGCCAGGAGCCAGUGGCACAGGCAGACCCUGGCUGCCCUGCCCCUCCCUCGAAGCCCAGGGUGGGAAGGGGGGUUCCCUCAUAGCUGCUGCCUCCUUACAUCACAUGGAAAGGAGCAGGGGAAGAAAGCUACUUAAAACCCGCUGCCAGCAGAACUCCUCCCCUCUUGUUUGGGUCCUUGGGCCACCAAAACGUCUCCACGCCAAGCACAAAACAACGAACGGAUGAGAGGAAGGAGGGAGGAGGGGAGAGAGGACGCUGCUGCCACCAUUGCUCUCCCCUUCCCUGGGGAUUCCUCAGCAGGAGGGAGGGAGCAGAGCUGACCCUGCCCUGCCAGAGGGACAGCCCCAGGCAGAGCUGCCUCGGCGGUGGCAGCGCCCCACGGCGACCAGGACGUGCCACCCGCGCUCGCUGUCCCGUGCCGCCGGGAGGAAUGACUAAAGCAAAAUGGCCAUGGGGAACCGGGUGCCUGCCAUGCAGCCCUUCUCCUCUCCUCCACCACUUCCAGCUUCCAUUAGACAAAACAACAAAGUUCUCCCUUCCAAGCAGGUGCUAGUGCUCCGCUCGCCCAGCGUCCAGGGGGGGCACUGGGAGCUCCCCAGGCGUUCGCUGCUUCUCCGCCGGCAUCUCGGUGUCACUCACAGAUGGCACAGGGACCUGG